ACAAAUUUGACCCGAAGAUCUUAUGUGUUAAAAAAUGUAUAACUGGAAAAAUAGUAAAUAUAUACAUAUAUAAGCCCAAGAUCAUAAGUAUGGCUUUAGUUUCCAAAUGGAAUAAAAGUUUGCGGGGAAAAAUAAUUUUCUUAUUGAAAUGGGUGAAAUUUGACCCGAAGACCAUCGAUGACAUAAAUAAAUUACCAGGGCAAUUGGUCAAAAAAGAGGAAUGCCCCGUAUAAUACAGGACGGUUGGUCACCGUAACUAUUGCGCAUGUCUCGCUUUUGUCAAAACAUACUUACUGCCUUCUUUGCAAAAAGUGCUAGCAAACUAAAGUGAAUAGUUGGGUUUUGAGAUUUCCAAAAUAAAAGUUGCAAUAAAAAAAAAAGCGCCAACAUUAAAUUUGUUAAAUUACUUAAAUAACGCAAGAGUUUGAGUAGUAACACACACACACACUCGAAAUGCUCUUCUUUAGCUGGAGGCGGAAAACACGAUUGAAGGAAAAUCUAAUGUGGCUUUUGGUCCCAUUGCUAGUUUUGGGCUGCUUGCUAAGCAUAUUCAGCAUGGAGUGUAUUUUCAAAAAAAGCCUUACCAUUAAUCACAUGUGCAAGAUGUACGAAAGGCACAAAUAUAGGGGUUCACUGUGUGAGGAACUCUGCAGCGAGCAGACGCCCUUUGAGAAUUUCAAUUGUCCAAACUAUAUCACUGCCCAGAAAAAUGGUGAUGUUAUUGAAUUUAGGCGUGCAGAUAGAAUAUAUGUUGAAGACUUAGCAUGGAGCGACAAAAGAGGGCAUCUUAGAUAUCCAAAAAUCGAUGAUUUUUAUCAUAUUGUAAAAUUGCACAUUUUAAUCAACUACAACGUUACGUUGGAGGACAAUAUGAUAAAAUUGUUGAUUAAUCAAGAAAUCGAUGAAAGUAACCCCGAUCAAAUGCUAAACUUCUGGCGACUUUUCAAGGACAAUAACUAUUUGAUGGGCAAAUUGUUCGAUGACGACGGUCUCUUUUCUACGAUAGGAGGUGCGUGCGGUCCAGUUUAUAUUGUGGAGCAUUUGAAGCCACUAGAGCUUCGAAACAGCUUCACGCGAUUUUUCCUAAACAGUCCGCCAGAGCAAAUGCUCUUCAAGAGGCUAUUAAAUUAUAUUAUGCGUUUGGAUAUGAUCAGACCGGAUCCCUUGAAAAUCUGCAAAAUUGAUUUAUAUAAUUUUGGCUUCACAACUGAUUCCAGAUUGAAAGCUUUCAACGCCAAUCAUAUAGCGGCAGAGACCCAAGUGAAUAAGCGUUUAGCUAGCGGUCAGCCCUGUUCGCGCGAUGAAGAUUGCGACUGGCAUCAAUGCCACGGUAGCUGCGACAAGCGGAAGCACAUCUGUAACGGCGCUCAAAAGAAUGAUAAUUUAGCGAUCUUUUGCGAUUAUGUCAUGGAGUAUCCGUACCAUUUUCCCGAAUUAAAAAUGCAGCCUGCAGUGUUGGAGCUCUAUAAAGAGAAGUGCUUGCAGCCAAGAUCAAAGAUUCGUUGGAACGAUUAAAAAGUGUGUCCUGUGGAUA